AUGAUUCGAGAUGAGUUUCCUGAAACUGAAUCUGCUGCAAAACUUGGAUAUCUUACAGGUAUUGUGCCUCUUUUGCCAACAGCAUUGGAUCAUAAAGAUGUUUUAUUUAUUAUCAUGAGCAGUGUGAGAUAUAUUCAUAAAGCUAAGCUUCUCACAGAAACAUGGCUGCAAUGGUCCCAAGGAAACUUUUUCAUCUUUGCUGAUGCUGCCAACGCCAGUAUUCCUUUGACAACUUUGCCGCAACUUCAAAAUAAGCCUUCCAGAGAAGAUGCCCAACAUCGACAAUUGUUGGGGUCACAAUGGAUAAUUAGCAAUAAGUCUGAUUUGAUUAAGAACGUAAAAUGGUUUGUGUUUGCAGAUGACGAUACGUGGAUUAAUGUACCUGCCCUUCUAUCCUAUCUUCAAUUAUUUGAUCACCGACUGCUGUUGUCGAUUGGGUAUAUUUGGGACAAUAUAUGGGUACCAGGAUGGUCAUUCUUCUCUGGAGGUGGCGGUGUUGUGUUUUCUCAAACUGCAUUCAUGUCAACAAUACCUGCAAUUUAUACGAAAGAAUGUCCUUUCCAAUCGUGGAAUGAUGUCACGUUCAAGCACUGUCAAAAACAAAAAGGAGUGACCAAAAUUCAUUCGGAUCGAUUCUUUUAUGAUAUGGCUCAUGUCAUCGGUGGAUCUCAUAAUCUUAUGCCCAUUUCUUACGUUGGCAAAGUGACAUUUCACUACGUUAAUAAUGCCGCGAUUGCUAGAAGAAUGACGUGUGACGCCGCUGUUUAUUGGAAAUGGCCAAUAAAAGGAUGCGACAAUGUUAAGCGAGAUGAUAUGCCCCAUCUGCACAUUUGA